AUGCCGAGUCAUGCUGGUCUCUUCACUGCCUUCACCGGCUGCGUUCUGGCCAUCGAUAACGACAAUCGUCUGACUCUCCACCCGAAAGACCAUCAGCCUGGCCUGAGGGAUAAGCUCCGAGCUAAUGGAGAGUUCUGGCUCUGUCGCGAUGAUGGACUGAUUGGGAAGUUCGGAAACCCAGACAAGGUCGUCUUUCUGUAUGAUAACCAGGAGUAUAAUAUCUGGAUUGAGACACGUGGUUUCAGCGAUGGCGCACUGGAGUACGGGCUUAUCCCCAUCAUUCCUGGCGGAGACUACAGUAAUUCCUUCUUGGCUGUUAACGACCAGACCGGGCGGUUAGAAAUUGUCAAGCAGUGGAGACAGGAAGCGAAAUUUCGUUGUGUUGAGUAA